GAGCCGCCCCGGAGCAGCGCGGACCGCGGACCGCGGCUGCGUGCAGCCCACCGGGAUGGCGGCGCCGGAGGCGCUCCGCUGGUAGAGAUCUUGCAACCCAAAGAUGUCAAGACGCAGUAGCCGUUUGCAAGCCAAGCAGCAGCAGCCACUGUCAUGUCCAGAAGAGUCUCCAGAAGAGUUGCAGGCACUGGAACAUUUCCAAACCAGAAAAAGGAGAACAGCAGAGCAGGAGAUUAAGAAAAGAGAAGACGGGAAAGUAGCUAAAAAACAUCAAUACGAGAUUAAGAGUUGUUGGCCACCCACGAUAACAGGAGGCAUCUCACCUUGCAUCAUUAUUGAAACCCCUCACAAAGAAUCAGUCACCACUGACUUCUCAAGGUUCAAAAAAUACAGGUUCAGAAACCUCUUCAUAAAUCCAUCACCCUUGCCAGAACUCAACUGGGGAAAUUCCAAAGAUGUCUGGCUCAACAUCCUGAAGAAGGAGAACAGAUACGCUCACUGCAAGCAUUUCACAUCGCUCCAUUCCAGUUUGCAGCCUCACAUGAGAUCAAUACUGUUGGACUGGCUCUUGGAGGUAUGUGAGGUGUAUGCACUCCACAGGGAAACCUUCUACCUAGCCCAAGACUUUUUUGACAGAUUCAUGUUGACACAGAAGAACAUUAACAAGAGUAUGCUUCAGCUCAUAGGAAUUACCUCAUUAUUCAUUGCUUCCAAACUGGAGGAAAUUUAUGCUCCUAAAAUACAGGAAUUUGCCUAUGUCACGGAUGGUGCUUGCAGUGAAGAUGACAUUGUAAGGAUGGAGCUCAUUAUGUUGAAGGCUUUAAAAUGGGAACUCUGUCCAGUGACAAUCAUCUCUUGGCUGAACCUCUAUCUUCAGGUGGAUGCUCUGAAGGACAUUCCAAAAGUGCUGCUACCUCAGUAUUCUCAGGAAAAAUUCAUUCAGAUAGCACAGCUCUUAGACCUGUGUAUUCUGGAUGUGAAUUCUUUGGACUUCCAGUACAGGACACUGGCUGCUGCAGCACUCUGCCACUAUACCUCAGCUGAAGUAGUUAAGAAAGCUUCAGGUUUAGACUGGGACAGCAUUUCAGAGUGUGUAGAAUGGAUGGUUCCCUUUGUGAACGUGGCAAAAAAGGUCCCUGUGAAGCUGAAGAACUUCAAGAAGGUUGCAGCAGAAGACAGACACAAUAUCCAGACCCACACAAACUACUUGGACAUGCUGGAAGAAGUGAACAGUGGAGUAAUACCUACUGCCCCAGGUCAGUUAUCACCUGUGUCAACAGGAGGAAUAAUAACCCCUCCCAAAAGUACAGAGAAGAAAUGAAAUACAGACCCACAACCACAAUGAACAGUUUCAGAAACAAGACUUGGUGCUUCAGAACAAGACUACACUAAAGGUGACCUCAUGCUCUCUACUGCUAGUCAAGACUUGGGCAGUAGCAGACCCAGCAAACAGAGCAGCAGCUGGAAAUCAAGACUGGUGUCCUCCUUACAGACUUGAUGAAAAAGACCAAGUCCCUCCAUGCUAGUGAAGGAACCUGGGCUGUGGUCCAUUCUCAGACACAACUCAGUUCAGGUCUGACCCUUCCAAACUUAGGAGUUCAAGAACUUUUCCAAAACCAGCCUAGAAGCAAAGUUUGUCCACUCAGCUUCCACGGCACACUUGGGCCAGCUCUGCAGAUGAACUUCAUGGCAGCUUGUUUCCUUUCCUUGUUAAAGUCAGAGCUGAAAGGCUGAUUUAGCCCCCAGCAGCUCAGGUACAGCAGUGAAGGAGCCUUCUCUGAAACCACCCUGCCAUCAGAGUAGUGCAGCCAGCCCUGCACACAAGUCUAGCUCCACAGCAGGGUGAUGCAUUUCAGGUGGCACUUUGAGGGCUGCUGUAAACUUCGGUUCCAGUGCUGUGCUGACCUCAGGUAAGAGUACAGCCAAAGGCACUGCAGCUUAAGUACCCAUAACUGGAAGAAGCACAGUCCUGAAAGGGAGAGCUCUAUGUUGUAAGACCAAGCCACAAGGAAUGGACAGGAGAGAGCUGGAGAGGGAACAGAAACAGGUGAGCUGCUGGGGCUCUGCAACCACUCACACCAUAGGAGCAGUAUUUAACUGUGGAGCUGUGUUCUGACAGUGUUUGUAAACAGCAUCAACUAAACUACUGUGUUUGCCUUGCAAUGUUCACUACCUCUGCAUCACUUCUGUGGUGAAGGGACAGUGCUGGAUAAGAUGGGUAUUGGUCUUCCUCUUCCAAGCUGCUCCUCCCUGUGCCCCACAUCCAGGGGGCUAGAGCAUCAGGUGCCACCCACAUCCACACCAAACUCAGCAAACUUGAAUUCUUUAAACAAGCCAUGGUGGAAGGAGCUGAAGGUGCUUGCAGCCUUCUGUACAGUGUGUAAAAAGAAGGGGUUUAUUACGAGAGUUCACCUAUUGCUAAAGAGAAAGAGGCUUAGACUGUAAAUGUUGUACAAAAGUUUAAAUGAAUUUAAAAAAUAAAGCCUGAGAUUUUUGUUUUUCACUUUCACACA